AUGGACUGGACUCCGCAAAACAAACCAAAUAUGAUAAGACUUACAGCUUUAGUUAGUUUUGGAACAAAUGUUAGUCCCUCUCUUUUGCCUCCUGAGAAAAUACAGAUGUUUGUAAAUGUUUUCUCUCAUCUACCAUAUGAUGUUUUGUUGAAGUGUGAUAAGGACGUGUUGCCCGGCAAGUCGGAAAACAUUAAAAUAUUCAAAUGGCUCCCACAGUCCGAUGUCCUUCGUCAUCCAAAUUUAAAGCUAUUUAUAAAUCAAGGAGGACUACAGUCUACAGAUGAAGCUAUAAGUGCAGGAGUACCUCUCAUCGGUAUACCGAUGUUGGGAGAUCAAUGGUAUAAUGCUGAAAAAUACGUUCUUCAUAAAAUAGGAAUUCGCUUAGACCUAGCUUCGUUGAGUGAAAAUGAAUUUAGGAGCGCAAUCGAAAAAAUCACCACAGAUAACAGCUACCGAGACAAUAUAGUGCGGUUACGAAUACUUAUGGAAGAUAAACCGCAGUCACCGUUGGAACGCGCGGUCUGGUGGACGGAACACGUGUUACGUCACGGUGGAGCUAAACAUUUGCGGGCAGCUGGCGCUAACAUAUCUUGGGCUGAAUAUUUAGAAUUAGUAUUAAUAGUACUAAUUGCAUUAUUUAGUAUAUUACUAAUAAUGUCUCUAUCCAUCUACAUGCUAUGA